CGCGCCGCAAACGCAAACGAUCGGAUGACCCGGGCAGAUGCCACGUCGAAUGCCGCAAAUACCGGCCAGAGCAAGGACGCAGCCUACGAAGAAUUCAUGCGCGAGAUGGCCGGUCUCUUGUAA